AUGAGGCGCUUCCUGAGCAGAAAGGGCCGCUUCUCCCUGCGCCAGAGCAAGUCUGGGACCCGGAGUGCCGCCAAAGAUUUCUACCUUGGCCUCCCGGCCACCAAUCAGAAUUGGCCAGAGGCGUUUGGCUUCCGUCUGGCGGGCACCGGGCCCAGCUACAUCCUGUCUGUGGUGGAGGGCAGCAGUGCCUACCUGGCCGGCCUGCAGCCUGGUGACCAGGUGGUCGACAUCGAGGGCCAAGAGGUGACCAACCUCAGCACACCUGCCCUGAUUGCUCUGGCUCAGACCCUCAAGACAGUCCCACCCAGCAUCGGUGUCGUGUCACGUAUCGAACAGAUUGACAUCACCCCAGGCCCAGACGGCCGCUUUGGCUUCACCAUCGUGGGAGAUAGCCCUCUCAUGGUUGAGGAGUGCAUGCCUGGCGGCCCAGCCGGUCGGAGUGGCCUCAAAGUUAGUGACUAUGUGAUGGAAGUCAACGGCAUCCCAGUGAAGCACCACGAGACCGCAGCAGCCAUGAUCAAAGCUGCUCAAGGUCGACCUCUGCGUCUGGGCGUGCUCAGCAUGGCCCGCCGGCCCAAGCGUCUGAGCAGCAGCAUGAGGGUGCUGUCGCAGAGUGGAGACAGCAUCAGGGAGAGUCGGGCCCACAAAGCCAUGGAGUUCAAUAAAAAGGUGGAAGAGGUUCUUGGAGAGGAGCCUGAUGUGAAGGAACAGCUGUUUGAGGUGCUGAAGCAGUACGCUGCUGACAGGGAUGUGGACAGUCUGGCUGAGGCCCUGCCCGACAUUCUGAUCACAGAGGAGCAUCAGCUGCUGAUUGACAACGUCAGGAUCUUCAUUCCCAAGAAGCACCGGGAGCGUUUUGAUGAGGUGGUUUCUCAGAGCUUGAUGAGCCGGCUGAAGGGCCGGAGCUUCAGUGAUCCAAGCCGUAGCCACCUUCGCCGCAGCCGAAGCGAAGAUCACCCCGAACGCCUCCUUGUCUCCACCCGUGCAAGUUCAGUACCACGCACCCACGCAGACGAAGGCGGGCUUCCCCCCACCAGAGGCAUGCGCAAGACCACCUCACUCAUCGCUGGCCACUCCAGUGGCACCACCACCAACUGCAGGACGGUAAGAGUGUGCAAGGGCAACAUGAGUUUUGGCUUCACUCUCAGGGGCCACGCUCCAGUGUGGAUUGACUCAGUGGUCCCAGGAAGCCCGGCUGACAAAGCGGGGUUAAAACCGGGCGACCGGAUCCUGUUUCUCAAUGGACUGGACAUGAGGACCUCCUCUCAUGAGAAGGUGGUGUCCAUGCUGCAGGGAAGUGGUGCCAUGCCCACCCUGGUAGUUGAGGAUGGUUCACCUACCUUUUCUAUGGCCGAGCAGCAGGAUGUUGCAGGGGGGGGUGGUGCUACCGAGCGUGCCCGCUCUCCUGCACUCAGCUCCCUGCAGUGGGUGGCAGAGAUCCUUCCUCCCAGUAUCAGGGUUCAGGGUCGCACCUUUGGACAACAGCUGGAGCACCUGCUGACCAUCCAGGAGAAGUACACCAUCUGCAAGGCCUUGGAGAACUUCUUUCAACAUAGGAAUGUUGACACCCUGAUUGUGGACGUGUUCCCGGUGCUGGACACCCCAGCCAAACAGGUGAUCUGGCAGUUUGUUUACCAGCUGCUGACAUAUGAAGAGCAGGAGCACUGCCAGAGCAAGAUUUCCCGUUUUCUCGGGUACAAAGCACCAGUGCCACCGCCGCCACCACCACCUCCUGGCCUUCCUGAGCCCGAGUUGGCCCCCGAGCCGCAUCGCCGUAGCAGUUCCAUGAGAGUGACCGGGACCACGUACAGGAGCAGUGUGAGGGGACGUAGCUCUGAUGACCUGGUCAUCGGCACACACAUUGGCAUGGGCAUCCAUACAGAACCAGUGCAGGAGACUGGGAUGAGGUUGGCUCCAGGAGAGAGACAAUCGGGAGAUGGCACCUCUCUCCCUGAAACUCCCAAUAACCUCACCAAUCUGUCAGCAGUCUACGCUGAACUGGAAAACAUGUACUCAACCAAGCGGUCCAAGUCUCUGAAGAGUCGCCCUCCUCCUGCCCCUGAGAGUUUGCUGGACCUGGAACCUCCUUCACGCGCAUCGACUCCUACAUUACAUGGUAGCCGUAUAGGUCCUCCUCCCCAUUCUCCUUGGCCCGAUCCUCUGCCCAGUCCACCUGCAGCACAGUUCUACCCAUCAGGGUUGACAAGCCAGACCAGUGGGGAGUCCAACCCCUACAUCAGCCUGGACAGUCCCCCUCCCUCACCCCCAGAACCGGACUUCCCAUCCAGCCCGCCUGUCCACCGCAGCAGCAAGCGCCGUUACACCUUCUCCAAACCUCCUCGCUCAGAGGACACAGAUCGUUUUCUGGAUGCCCUGAGCGAGCAGCUGGGACAGAGGGUGGCCAUCGUCGAUGACUUUUUGACCCCGGAAAAUGACUAUGAGGAGGAUGUUGUGCAGAUGGACUUUCCAGAUGAGGAUGAUGAGGAUAAUGAAGACGAGCUUGGUGUGGAUGAAGAUGAAAAUGGAGGAUUUGUGGCUCCAGAGCUCAGCAGCCCAAGUGAUGUCCAAAGUAGUAGUGGAGAAGAGAAUGCCUCCUCCCUCACCUAUUCCUCCUCAUCUGAUCACAUCCCUCCACCUCCCAUGACCCCUCCUCCGCCCCCACCUGUUCAGUUCAAUGACCCACCUCCUCCCCCUCCGCCGCCUGUGCAGGCUCAACCUCAGCACCAACAGCAGCAGCAAACGCUAUACACUCCUGAGCAGUCACCGAGGGUGUACGUACCCAUCCGCCGGAAAUCUGGUCCUCCUCCACCACCUCCUCCGCGCAGUAAUCCACCACCAAAACGCCUCUCCUUACAUAAAGUCCUUCCCCCAAGAGAAGACCUACAGGCCCAGACUACCAUACAAGAGUUAAAAGCGUACCAAGAACAACAAGCCUACCAGGAAAGACAAGCUUACGAGGAGCAGCAAGCAUAUAAGGAGAGACAGGCAUAUGAAGAGCAAAAAGCCUAUGAAGAACAACAACUUUUCCAAGAGCAGCAGGCCUACCAGGAACAACAGGCUUAUCAGGAGAAACUGUUCAAGGAGAGGCAAGCUUAUGAAGAGCAGAAAGCUUUUGAGGAGCAGCAAAUGUACCAGGAGCAGCAGGCAUACCAAAACAGACAGCGUCAAGCCUAUCAGGAGCAAAAAACAUACGAGCAUCGUCAAUCGUACAAGGAGCAAAAAGUAUUUGAAGAACUUAAAGCCUUUCAGGAACAAAAAGCUUACGAGGAGCGUCAAGCCUACGAGGAGCAACAAGCGUAUCAAGAGCAACAGCUGCAGCAGCUCUAUCAGAGCCACCAGUCCAUGCCUGCCCAGCCAACACAACAGAAAUCCCAUUCACCUCUGCCUCUCCAGUCCUUACCACCACUGCACUCCCCAGACUCCACCCAUCACCACAUUAAUCACCCUAUGUAUAUGAUGCGCCAAGCGCAACAACAGGCUCACCAGAUUCAUUACCACCGACGGCUGUCUCGUUCAGCCCCUCCACCACGUCAGCCAUCGCCCCAACCAACCGUCCACCCUGACCAACAAGGUCAGUACGCUGAGGGCAUCUACCAAAGUCAUCAAAGCAUUAGAGCUAAACCCCUUCAUUCGUCAACAGAGAUGCUCCACCAGAUGCACCAAGUCCCAGCACAUCAUUCCUCUGCUGAAAUGCUGCAGCAGAUGCAGCAAGUCCACACCCAUUACUCGUCAGCAGAAAUGCUACAGCAAAUGCACAAAGCCAAGGCCCAUCAUUCUUCAACAGAGCUUUUGCACCAAUCUCACCAAAGGCAGGAAAUGCAGCCUCACCACUCCUCAACAGAACUCCUCCAUCAAGCUCACCAGAUGCAUCGUGGACAACCCCACCAUUCGUCAACUGAGCUCCUCCAUCAAAUGCACCAACCCAAGCCCCACCACUCAUCAACAGAGCUUCUCCAUCAAGAACUUCAAAUGCACAAACCCAAGCCCCAUCAUUCAUCUACAGAGCUUCUCCAUCAAGACCAUCAAAUGCACCAACCCAAGCCCCAUCACUCAUCUACAGAGCUUCUCCACCAAGCCCAUCAGAUGCAUCAACCCAAGCCCCAUCACUCAUCUACAGAGCUUCUCCAUCAAGCACAUCAAAUACACCAAUCCAAGCCCCAUCACUCGUCUUCAGAGCUUCUGCAUGAAGUGCAACAAGAGCCUGCCUCCCUCCCACUUCAGCUGAGCCGGGAAAGCCACUCCCACCAGAGCCAUGGAAGCCGCAGAAGUCUUAAAGGUCAUCAUCAAGCUGACGUCGCACAACAGGGGAGACUUCAAGAGCAGCAGAUCCACCAAACCCAUCACCCCCAGCCCACUAAACCCUCUCCCCAAAGACCCCACUCUAUCCAACAGACUCAUCACCAUUCCAGCUCACCUCAGAUCCACCACAUCCUUCACAUGACCCCCCAGCCUCCUCCUCAGGACUACCAGCACCAGAUCCAUGUCAUACACCCUCCACAGCAGCCCAACAGACCCACGCCUCUCCUCUCCACGUUUCAGCCCCUCCAGUCCACCCUUUCCACCUUCCAACCUGUCCCUCAACACCACCAAUCACAGCACCAGGCCUCCAACCAAAUGGCUCGUCCACAGUCCCAGCCCUCACAUCACCUGUCUCUAAACCAGCCCCAAUCCCAGCCCCACCACAAGCAGUCCAGUAGCCAGACCCAGCCCCAGUCCCUACCCCACUCCCUCUCCGAUCCAACAGAGCGCCUGGAGCCCCCUCCACCUCCACCCCUCCCACCCCCCUGCACCCCUCCACCACUGCCCAGACCAGGCCUGUCCAGGAUGGACUCCAAUCACAUGAGUGUGAAGCGGUUGCGCUGGGAGCAGGUGGAAAACUCAGAGGGGACCAUAUGGGGACAGUUGGGAGCAAAUUCUGAAUAUGACAAACUGCAUGACAUGGUGAAGUAUUUGGAUCUGGAGCUUCACUUUGGGACACAGAAGAGCUCCAUUCCUGCUCCAGAGCCAUCUCUCCAACUAGAAACAUUCAAGAAGAAAGAUGUAAUAGAAAUUUUGUCCCAUAAGAAGGCUUACAAUGCCUCCAUCCUGAUAGCCCACCUGAAGCUGUCUCCUGGAGAACUGCGUCAGAUCCUGAUGAACAUGGCCACAGAUCGACUCGAGCCUGCUCACAUCAAGCAGUUGCUGCUGUACGCCCCUGAUGCAGAGGAGGUGAAAAAAUAUGAGGAGCAUCGGCAGGACCCCAGCAAACUCAGUGAACCAGACCAGUUUGUGUUGCAGAUGUUGUCAGUACCAGAGUACAAGACCCGUCUGCAGAGCCUCUUCUUCAAGUGUUCCCUUCAGGAGAAGACAGAGGAGUUGAGGGGAGCGUAUGACUGUAUCUACAAAGCUUCCACGGAGCUGAAGACCAGCAAGAAGCUUGCCAAAAUACUAGAAUUUGUGUUGGCAAUGGGGAACUAUUUGAAUAACAGCCAGCCUAAAACCAACAAGACUACAGGCUUCAAGAUUAACUUCCUUACAGAGCUGAGCACAACUAAAACAGUUGAUGGGAAGUCAACCUUUUUGCAUAUUCUGGUCAAGUCAUUGUGUCAGCACUUUCCAGAUGUGUUGGAUUUUUCCAAAGAUCUCACAAUGGUUCCUCUAGCAGCAAAAGUCAAUCAAAGGACUAUCACAGCAGAUGUGGAUGACCUUCAUGCAACCAUUCAGGACAUUCGCUCAGCUUGUCAAAAGAUGCCAGCGACUGCUGAGGAUCGUUUUGCUAUUGUCAUGAGUAACUUCCUGGAAAACAGUCAUCCAUCAAUCCAGUCCCUGGAAUCUCUCCAGCAGAGAGCAAUGGAAGAGUUCAGCAAAACCGCCUCGUUUUUUGGUGAGGAUGGAAAAAACGCCAACACCGAGGCCUUCUUUGGUAUCUUUUCUGAGUUCAUGGGCAAAUUUGAGAGAGCGCUCAGUGAUCAACAAGCCGCAGAAAUCCCAAAGAGUCCCAGGAGUCCACGAAUGGCCUCCCCACUGGUGUGGUAAUGCAUGUAAACAUACAGAGAUGGCAGCGUACAGUGCAGCACUUGAUACACACGUGCUGCACGUUUGACAUGAACGAACACACACAGGUUCUACGUGCAAUACUGAGAAAAUACGCACAAACGAAGGAAGUAGAAGAAACCUGGAUGGAAAUAAAUGUAAUGUUUUUGCAUUAAAGGUGUAUACUUAACCAUUUUUGUUUUCAGUACAGGAUAUAUAACAGUAUAUAUAACAAUACUGGUAUAAAGCUUAAGACCAGUCAUCAG